CAGCUGGACCAGAUUUACAACAAACAAGGCAGUUGCCACGGCGACACUGACCCAACUCUGCCAGCAGCAGUUCAUCCGCUCCCUACCCCUUCAUCCAUGCACACGGUGGUGAACAGCUCAUCCGGACCCACUGAGGAAAUACAACCAGUGACUGCCAACAGUAGGCCCUUCAACAAAGGUGAGGACAGCGAAGAAGCCAGAGAGGACCUACAGAAAAUCAUUCAACUGAUGGACGGAUUCAAAGCAUCCAAGGCAUUGUUUACCGCUUCCAAGUUGGGCGUAUUUGACUUGCUCCAGCGCAGACCAGCGUUGAAUGCAGCACAGGUGGCCCUCGAGCUGAAAACGUCCCUCAAGGGAACGGAGCAUCUGCUGGAGGCAUGCCUUUCUCUAAAACUGUUAAAGAGCUCAAACUGUAAGACUCCAGCGUACGAGAACACAGAACUGUCCAAACGCUUCCUUCUGUCCGAGGCCCCAUCCUCCCUGCUGGGCUCCUUGGAGCACUGCAACGAUACCGUGUGGCUGCUCUUCAGCCACCUGGAGAGCGCUGUGCAGGAGGGCGUCCACCAGCACCACAGGACCUUCUGCAACAAGUCUGGUGACUUAUCCCAGGACACAGUCAACAGGAGCCAGGAGGUAAAGCUGAGGUUCAUGAAGGCCAUGCACAGUUUCGCUCGAGUGUCUGGGAAAGCAGUGGCAACAGCCUUUGACUUGUCUGCCUUCAAGAGUGCCUGUGAUCUCGGAGGUGAGAACGUGUACAGCUUCUUAUCCUAAAAUGGAAACAGCAGUUGACGAUGUUACUAGAUGAAAA